AGCGGGUAGUUCUCGGCCGGCCGUGGCGCUCUUGCGCACCUGCGCCGCGCGGGCCCAGGUGUUCGGUCCCCGUACCUCUCACCUGCGCGGGCCGCGGCAAGGACGCCUGGGAGAGCCGGGAGCCCGGCGGAGAUGAACUCAGUGGUCUUUGAGGAUGUGGCCGUGGACUUCACUCUGGAGGAGUGGGCUUUGCUGGAUACUGCUCAGAGGGAGCUCUACAGAGAUGUCAUGCUGGAAAACUUCAGAAACCUGGCCUCAGUGGAUGAUGAGACUCAAUUUAAGGCCAAUGGGUCAGUUUCUCAGCAGGAUAUUUAUGGGAAUAAAAUUUCCAAGGAGCAUAAAAUAUCAGAGUUCACUGGAAAUGAUUCCUUGGCCUCCGUCUUAGGAAAAAUUUGGGAAGAACUCAGCCUUGAAGAUCAGCACAUAGAUCAAGGGAGACAUCCGAGAAAUCAUGUGGUGGAGAGACUCCAUGAAAGUAAUGAUCAAUGUGGGGAAGGCUUCAGUCAGACCCCAAAUCUUAACCUGUACCAGAAAUCUCUUACUGGGGUAAAAAGGUAUGAAUGCAGUACAGAUGGAAAAGUCUUCAUGCAUCAUUCAUCCCUCAAGAGUCACAUCGCUGUUUGCACUGGACACAAACCGUAUCAAUGUCAGGAAUGUGGGCAGGCCUACAGUUGUCGUUCACACCUAAGGACGCAUGUGAGAACCCACAGUGGAGAGAGACCCUAUGUGUGUAAAUUAUGUGGAAAAACUUUUCCUCGCACUUCUUCCCUCAACCGGCAUGUAAGGAUUCAUACUGCGGAGAAAAGCUAUGAAUGUCAGCAAUGUGGAAAAGCCUUCAUUGAUUUUUCAAGUCUUACUAGUCAUGUGAGAACUCAUACUGGAGAGAAGCCAUAUAAAUGUAAGGAAUGUGGGAAAGCUUUCAGUUAUUCCUCAACUUUUCGAAGACACAUGAUAACACACACUGGAGAGAAACCCUAUAAAUGUAUGGAAUGUGGGGAAGCCUUCAGUUAUUCCUCAACUUUUCGAAGACACAUGAUAUCACACACUGGGGAGACACCAUAUAAAUGUAAGGAAUGUGGGGAAGCCUUCAGUUAUUCCUCGGCUUUUCGAAGGCACAUGAUAACACACACGGGGGAGAAGCCCUAUGAAUGUAAACAGUGUGGGAAAACCUUCAUUUACCUCCAAUCCUUUCGAAGGCAUGAAAGGAUUCACACUGGAGAGAAACCCUAUGAAUGCAAGCAAUGUGGAAAAGCCUUCAUUUAUCCCCAGUCAUUUCGAAGGCAUGAAAGGACGCAUGGUGGAGAAAAACCCUAUGAAUGUAACCAGUGUGGUAAGGCAUUCAGCCACCCCUCAUCCUUUCGACGACACAUGAGAGUGCACACUGGAGAGAAACCUUAUGAGUGCAGGCAGUGUGGAAAAACUUUCAACUGGCCCAUAUCCUUGCGAAAACAUACAAGAACACACACUAAAGAGAAACCCUAUGAAUGUAAGCAAUGUGGGAAAGCCUUCAGUUUGUCCGCUUGCUCUCAAGAGCACGUGAGAAUGCAUCCUGGAGACAAAUCAUAUGAAUGCAAGCUCUGUGGGAAAGCUUUCAGUUGCCACAUCUCCUUACAAAGACACAUGAGAAGGCACACUGCCAAGAAGCUUUAUGAAUGCAAGCAAUGUGGGAAAGCCUUCAGCUGGCCUGAACGUUUACAUCAGCACGUGAGGACACACACUGAAGAGAAACCUUACGAAUGUAAGGAAUGUGGUAAAGUCUUCAAAUGGCCCUCAUCUUUACCAAUACAUAUGAGAAUGCACACUGGAGAGAAACCAUAUGAAUGUAAGCAGUGUGGGAAGGCCUUCAGUUGUUCCUCAUCCUUAAGAAGACAUGUGAGGAUACAUACUACCCAGAAACACUACAUAUGUAACUUGGGAAAUCCUCCUGCAAAUGAAUUCAUGCACAGUGCUUCAGAAAAUUCACAUCAGGAGAGAAAUCUUAAAAAGUUGUAAACCUGGUAUUGCCUUUAUGAGUCCUUCAUCACUAAAGUGGAACCAUAGGGAGUGUAUUUCCAGUUCUUUUGCACAUAAACAUUUAGAUGAAAACUAACUGUUGAAGUACUCUUUUGGCUACAGUACAUAAAUUUUGCAGGAAGUGUUUUUUCUUAUGUUUUAGGAAAUAAAACAUUUAUCUUUACAGGUUGUUGGACUCAUGGGUGAUUUGAAGUGUAUUUUUAAUAUAUAAGUAGUUUUAAUAUGUUCUUUAAAUUGUCCUUUAAGGGGUUAUUGGAACAAUGACACUGGUAUUUGUUUGGGUUUUCCUACUGGCUUAGUGUGGCAGAUACUGAAUAAUCAACCAUUAUAUGUUUUCCACCAUGGAUUGAGAGAAUCUUUAUUUGUUUAUUUUAGGCCAUUGGAGCCUUAUUCUGUUUUUCUUCUAAAUAGUUGGCAGAAAUUUGUAAUUAUGCAGAGUUCUUCCAAGUGUACAGUCUCAUGUGAAUUGUUACUUUCAGCUUUUGCCCUUUGCUUUGUCCUUGCUUGUGAUAGCGAAUUAAACAGUGGGUUUUUACUUAAGAGACGCUUGUGAUGUGACCAUGAGAUACAGAGUUCUGGAUUGUGUUACGUCAGCAUGGGUAAUGUUAGGAGCUACAGUUCCCAGAAUCCCUUCCCUUUAUGAUUCUGUGUUCGAAUUUACCAGUAGCCUAUUGGCAUGAGAUUUGGAAGGCAGAAAUGAAGCCAUUACUAAGUUUUUGCAGCCACAUUAAAGUAUGAGAGAGAGAUGCAUAGGGGCUACUUGGAAGCCAGCUUUCAGCCCAUUUUCCUGAUUGUUGACCUUACCAAUCAAGAGUAUCAUCAAAAGAAAUGCCAAGUACUUGAUUUCUAUUUUUCUCAGAGUUACAGGCUUCCAUAAAUACCUCCAAGAGCUUGGUGUCAGGGAUUCGGUCAUGUGGUCAGGCGCUCACAAUUUGGAUUUUCCUGCAAACCUUAACAUGUCCUGCAGACCACUAAUUCAGACUCAUGUUUAGUGAUCUCUGAUGCUGUGAUUCCACUCUUCUCUAGAUGUUAACUUAUUUUACAAGGUCUAAUUUGUAUAGCGAACUCUUUGUUCUCAAAACUUUUAGUGACUCUCUGAUCAUGAUUCUACCACAAAAGCUACAAUGUUGCAGGAAAACAAAACAACCCAUGGGACUUUGUUAAGGUGUUGUAUUUUUUUUUCUUUUUUCUUUUUUUUUCCGGCUGCACCAUGUGGCACGCAGAACUUCCCUGACCAGGGAUCAAACCUGUGCCCUCUGCAGUGGAAGUGCAGAGUCUUAACCACUGCAUCACCAGGGAAGUCCUACUGUAUUUUUAAAUGCACUGACUCAGUCCUGUGUGAGAACAAACAUAUUCCUCGUGAAUUUGAGGAGAUGUCUGUUAGAGCUGAAUGCAGUUCCUUGAUAUGGGUUUAAUUAUUAUGUUUGAUUCUAAGUCACUAAAAACAGUGUUUAUUUUCAAGAAAAAUCUUCUGUAGGUAUGUCUUAGAAAUAUCUUGUUUACUGUUUCCAAAUCACUUGUAUACUAACUGUAUUAGUUUCUUAGGGCUUCUGUAACAAAGCACCACACAACUGGGUGGCUAGGGCAACAGAAAUUUUUGUCUCACAGCUCUGGAAGCGGAAGUCCAAAGUUAAGAUGUUGGGAGGACCAUGCUUCCUCUGAAAGUGCUAAGGAAGGAUGUGUUCCAGCACUCUCCUAG